GUCAUCGUGCCUGGCUUCAUGUGUGGGCACCAGCAGUAUGCCGACAUGGCCGAGUCGAUGGCGGCGCGCGGCGUGCCUGUAGCCGUGGUGCCCUUGGAGUGGUACCACUGGCUGCCGACGAUGUCGACCAACUCUUACCGCCCCAUCCUAGACGCGAUCGACCAUACGGUGCAGCAUCCGCCCGCCGAGGAAAUGGCGAGCAAGAUUGCUCUUGUGGCUCACUCCGCGGGUGGUUGGCUCUCACGGCUCUACCUGUCACAGAAGGCACACUAUGGUCGCACGUGGGACGGGGCCAAGCUCGUCAAUCGGCUGGUGACCCUCGGCUCACCGCACGUGGCGAGGCUUGGGCCGAUGGCGCCGCACGUCGCGCGUGCCAACGACGACGGCGGUGCGUUGCCGGUCGGUGUCCGCUGCCUCACCGUCGCUUCGAAGGGCAUCCGUGGAAAGGUGUCGGCAAUGGCACGCGCCUCGUAUCACAUCUGCGCAGGUCCCUGGGCGAAUGUCGCCGAGCUCGACGGCGAUGGCAUCACGACGGCGGAUGCGGCGCUAAGCGUGGGCGGUGCAGAUAAGCUCGUGCUCGAGGGCGUGAACCACAUGCCUCGCAGC